GAAACGGUCAUUGAAAUAGUCAUUAAAAAGAAACGCGGUGAGGAGGGGUUCCAAAAACACCGGGAAGCGGAAGGUUGGAGAAGGGUGAUCGAUCACUGGCUAGAACGGCGCACAACCGAAUGGCGAAUGUGCGGGAAGCGAAUACGCCGCCUACGGGCCCCAUGGCCGUCCCUGUGAGUGUCCUCCGCCUCCCACGCGGCCCCGACGGCUCCGGCCGUGGCUUCGGCCCCUCAACCCAACGCCCCCGCCGUGACCCCCCCCCCGAAGUGACGGAGGCGACGAGAGCCAUUCAGAGAGCGAGGGCAGCCCUGCGCCGGCGCUUCCUCCUCUGCCUGGUGGCGGCUCGGGGACAAAGGGUGACGUUUGUCCUCUGUCAACGCGUCCGGGUCAACGCCGUGCUGGGGGCUGCGUGGGUCCCCGGUGGGACGGAGGGCGGUGGGAGCGAUGGAGGCGCGGCCGUGGCCUUCCAAGUGGACGCUCUGCAGACCCCCCUGGGGGUGCAGAAGGCCGCGUUGUUGAGGGGGGGGGACGUGGUGGCGUUCGGGUUCCAGGUGGGGGGGAAAUGA